GAAACAGUGCAGUGCCAGCAGAAAAUAAAUCGGAAGUAUUACUUCUCUUUUUUCGUGAGUUUAUUUUUCAAAUCAUUCUGCACUUAGUAGUGUUGAAUGCCACAGCCGUGCGAAAUCACAGUGUCGACAGCUUGUGGAAUGACCAGGGUUGUCAGCUUGAUUUGAUGAAACGGUGUGCCGACUGUGUGGAAAACGUUGCACCGGCUGAGAGCAGACUGAUGGAGAAGGCAGAGCGGUCCUGCCCCCCUCCAUGACCAUCUUCAGCUGCUAGCGAUAAAAGUUCUCGCUGGCGACACUCUUAACUAUGGGCGGGUACCAUGAAAUCCCUUAACUACUACUGCCACUAAGUCGGUCGUGGAACUGUUUCACAAUGCCCGGCUGCUGGUACAGCUGGAAGCUCACAGUAGCCUGAUAGUAACGUUACAGGCCUGCUUUUACCAUCUCGAAAUUUCUUGGCAGGUGAGAGCAGGCCAGCUAGCACUGCUAGCGUUAGCCUUUUCCGCACUGCACCUGUAGGUUUUGAUUUUGCAGUUUUUUCCUCUGGCCACACCUUUGCAUUGACAUCUACCAACUGGAGGAACAUUUAACUUCAAAAAGUAUUUUUAUGGGAUUCUUAUCGGCGAAGAGAGAAGCGGGCAUAAGCUAAAAUGGUGAACUGGAGGCGGCUGCUGCGAAUGUCCAACCGAUCAUUUUUGGCCUUCAUAUUCAUCUUCUCCAUGUCCACUACUUGUCUCUACUUCAUUUACGUGGCUCCCGGAAUAGCCAACACAUACUUCUUCAUGGUGCAGGCUCAAGGCAUCAUGUUGAGGGACAAUGUGAGGACCAUCGGCCAGAUGAUCAGAUUGUAUACAAACAAGAACAGUACUCUUAAUGGGACAGAUUAUCCUGAUGGCACUAACUCCAGUGAGUACCUGGCCCAACCAACUACUUACCUCCCUGAGAACUUUACCUACGCUCAGAACCUCCCUUGCCCAGAACGAUUACCUUCUAUGAAGGGCCUUAUGGAAGUAAAUAUGACAGAGGUCCCUAUGGAGGUGAUAGAAAUGAAGUUCUCCAAGUUUUUUGGCGUCGAGUUUGGAGGCCAGUGGAAACCAAAGGACUGUAGACCUCGCUGGAAGGUGGCCAUCCUUAUUCCAUUUAGAAAUCGCCAUGAACAUCUUCCCAUCCUUUUCCAACACCUUAUCCCCAUGCUUCAGAGACAGCGACUGCAUUUUGGCUUCUACGUCAUUGAGCAGAGUGGAAGCCAACCAUUCAACAGAGCCAUGUUAUUUAAUGUGGGAUUCAUGGAAGCUAUGAAGGACUUGGACUGGGACUGCUUGAUUUUCCAUGAUGUUGACCAUAUCCCUGAAAAUGACCGAAACUACUAUGGCUGUGGUCAGAUGCCACGCCACUUUGCUGCCAAGCUGGACAAAUACAUGUACAUUCUUCCAUAUAGUGAGUUCUUUGGUGGUGUGAGUGGGCUCACUGUGGAUCAGUUCUGGAAGAUUAAUGGUUUUCCCAAUGCAUUUUGGGGUUGGGGUGGAGAGGAUGAUGACUUAUGGAACAGGGUUCAGUAUGCCGAUCUGAAUGUCACACGACCAGAGGGGGAGAUUGGCAAAUAUAAAUCGAUUCCUCACCAUCACAGAGGAGAGGUGCAGUUUCUUGGGAGGUAUAAACUCCUAAGAUAUUCCAAAGAGCGGCAACACUUGGAUGGUCUCAACAACUUGCAUUACAGUCCACACAUCUCACUUAGUAGUCUGUACAAGAACAUCUCUGUGGACCUUUAUCCUGAGCUUGCCCCUAUCACAGAGUACUGAACUGACCCAGCCACAUCCUGCACUCCCUGAGCUCACCCUGCUCUCUUCCAGUCUGACCUCCUGGUGUUAUCUUCAGCAGUUCAGAGGUAAAGCUGUGGAGAAGAGGAGGUGGCACAGGCUCUGAGGGAUGAAGAGAAGCGCCAUAUAAUGCUGCCAAGAAAUCUUGCUGUGGAAAAAAUCCAAUCCAAAUAAAAAAGUUUUUUUUGUUUUUCAAAGGCAGUGGCUAGUUUCUAAAGAUGAACUAUUCAUUCUGUGUGUCAGUUGAAAAAUGUGUGGGUGUGCUGAGUGUGAAUUGAUGAGUUUGUUGCUGCAUGUCAUUUUGUUUGUACCAGCUUAACUACAAGUCGACAUUAAUCUUGAGCAGCAGUUAUCUCAACUCUAAUGUUUACUGCAAAGCCUUAAUGUGGCAAAACCACAGCUCCCUGCUCUCGGCUCUGCACUGCUUCACGUCUGAUGUAUAAAACCAUCACCUUACAAGCCAAUAAACAUUUUUUUUCUCAAUUUUUAUUUCAUUUGUUUUAUACAUAUCAUUUUGUUAUAACGGUAAUCUUUUUAAAAGAGGGACACACAGUUAACAUUUAUAUACAUAUAUAUAUAUAUAUAUGAUGUACAUUUUUUUUUUUCUUAUUUUAAUAAAUUGUAUUUAUUUUCGGUUUCAGGAUGUUUAGUAUUUCUCUUUUGUCUUGUUUUUUUUCUCCUGCACUGCUGCUGAAUCUGCAUGAACAUGUAUGUAAAUAUCAGCCUCUUAAUGAUCACAGAACACAGAUAUGUAAAUAGUCUUUGAAUGCUUGAGCAAAUACAGUGAUAUUCCAGUGGAUAUGAAUUUUAUUUUGGCAGCUACCCUUGAUUUGAGUAUUUAAUAAGAGUGAAUCAUUCCUUUCCAGCUGGAAGUUCUAACGAUGUAAGAUGUUUGGGUCAAAAAGCAUCCACAUCUCAUUAUUUGUUAUCAUCAUUUUCAUGCCUUAAUUUUUUUUUUUACACAUUUUUUUCAAACAUAAAUUAAUUUCAUCAGGUAGAGAUCUGUGUAUUUAAAUUAUUUUCUUUCUUUCUUUCUUUUUUUAAUGUGCACUGUACAAGUAAAAGUUAGAUAAAGCAUGACUAAGGCGCUCCAUGACUUUAUAAAAAGAGCAUGGCUGGCCAGCGUGUCUGCACAACAUGCUUAGUACAGGUUCAUGGUUUCACAUAAGUCUAUAUUUUUUGUCUCAGAUGUUUUUAUUUUUUUAUGAUUUUCUAUGCUUUUGUUUGUUUGUUUUUUUCCAAGUGCUGGACGAUAUGAUAGACCUCUUUAUUGUACUGUACCAUGUAAUGAAGCAUGGCAAUUUGAUGUGUGGAUGAUGUGUCUGGACUGUGGCUUUAAAUGUUUUGGGGUUUUGGUUUUUUUCCCAAAGUUGCCAAGCAGUGAGAAGAGCCUGAACGAGAGAACAUUGGUGUGAGCUUCUCAUAGGUAUUCAUGCUGUGAAAACAGGGUUUUUUUCUAAACCUAAGCACUAGAGCGAGUAAUGAGAGAAAUGUGUACACAGAAUUUUUGGUGACAUUGACGGUUAUGAUUCUCUGUGUCUUUAGGAUUUAAAUUUGACCAUGAUUUGUAUGUUUGGAGAUUUUAUGUUUUUAAAUAGUUCUCUGCCCAUGUUUGUCCUGACUUUAUUUGCUGAUUAUUGAAUCCUGUUAAACGGCUUCAGAAUGAACCUCUUACUCUCCCAUACAUGUGUCAAUUUGGUUUUUGGUUGUCAGCCUAAAUGGUGUUCCUGCUUUGGAUUGUCCACUAAUUUAGAGCAUUGGUGACCAAAUAUGUUUACCUCUGCAACUGCGAUUCAUGCCUACCUACAGACCGAUUAGUCAGAAUAAGAUAUGAACACAAACUGUCCAGCCUGAUUUUGUGUGAAUGGGUACCACAUAAGUAACAAGAAACAAGACAAAUUCAGUGAUUUGCAAAUUAAACCUCGGAUUUAAUGCAAAAUUGUACAACAGCAUAUCCAUAUAGUAUAACUAAUUUUAGUGUUUUGGUUGGCUGGAAAUUGUUGAAUGUUUCAACCUCUAGAAGCUCAGACAAUAUUGCAAUAAAAGCGCACAGUUAUUUAGGGAAAAUCAAGAACACAUCAGCAUCAGAUUCACUUAAAUGACCACACAUUUACAUGAAAAUCAAUUCGAUAUAAGUUUCAAACAUAUACAUCGUUACAUUCUAUUCUGUGGUUUUCAACAGCAGGCGAGAUUUGCCUCUUGUUGUAAAAUUGGAAGUGGAAGGAGAUGGCCUAUAUUGUGUUAAAAGUUUGAAAUCUGCAGAUAAACUGCGUAACAGAUGUUUAAGGUACUUUUGCUAAGAAGCAACUCUUAAACAAAAAUUUAAAAUACAUCAAAACGACUGGCAACAGAUGAUGCAUUAUUUAUAUUUUUUCUUUAUAGAUAAAACUAAGUUCAUAGAAAGUUAUCUUGAUCACUGAAAUUAAAAUAUCCCACUGAUGGAGAGAAUUUUGUUUUAUAUUUUCUGUAUGUUCCAUGUUUUUGAGCUGUGAAAGGUCAUGAUAUGGAAAGACUAGUGAGAACCUACAAUCCCAUCCAGGCUCAGGUUUCAGAAACACUCUGCUUUAUCACAGAGUAGGAUCUGCAGGAUCUAAAGGCAUGCACUUGUCUUUCUUGUGACUCUGCUGUCAUGUUUUGUUUUUGGUUCUAUUUUGUAUUAAUGUGAUCCUCCAGUGACAGUACUAAUGCCUUAAUUUCCAACUUGUAGUAAAAUAUUAAAAGCAGUAUUCAGAAUAAAAACCUUGUUUCACACGGGAUUGGAUUAGAUCAUCUGGUACAUUAACUUGCCCCAUUUCCAUCAUCAGUGUACACCUGAAGUUUAUACCCCUCUGCUGGGAUAUUUUUUUGUGGUGCUUAAAGCCUAACAAAAGCAUGCCAACUGGAAGAAAAUGGAAACUGUAUGUAGUUCAAACAGCCAGAUAGACUAAAGACCUAUAGGUAGGUGUGGUUGCUGACUGAAUCCAUUGAAAGUCUCUAGUAUAUGUUGUUUUGUUUUGUUUUUUUGCUUUAAGUCAGUCUGUGUAAUAAGAGUAUUUUCCAUUAUGAACUGAGAGAUGGUCUGACAGGGCAGCCAACAUAUAGCUCCUUUAGGAGGUGACUUGACUGGCCAAAACUGAUCCAUAUACAGAAGUGGGUGAGAGUUUUCUUGAUUGUCAGCUCACUGGGUCUCAGUAUCAGGUGAAACUGACUUUUUCAUCACAUGAUUAUCAGUAGUCUAAAAGUAUGUAAGGUUGUUCAGGUAAUGUGUUCACCAUUGGGGAAUGGUUAUUCUAUUUGUAGUAUUUGUGCCUUGAGUUUUUAUGUUACUUUAUGACUUUACAUUCAACAUUAAAAAUGUUCUAUUUUACUGAAUUAUCAAUGAUUUUCACCCUUCACAUUAAUUAUAUGAAGUCUAAAAGAGUAUGCAGUAUGUUUUUCAUGUUUCAGAUCCAAAAGGUUUUGAUGGAAUGUUUUGCAUACUUUGUCCUCUCUUGCCUUGAUGUCCUGUCAUCCUUUAAUGAUCUACCAUCACUAUCUGUGGGUCAUUUUUAAGAAAAUCUUGCCAACAAUGCACUAAGACUGAGCUGUCAGGGCAGUGGACAUUUUAUCCAUGUCCUUUGUAGCUGAGGUGCCUUUAAAAAUGAUCAAUAAAUAAACAAUCUGUGUUUCACAUCCUUCCAAGAGAAUAUAGUUUGAAGGCAACUACAUAUUUUGUGCAAAGAUCCUCAAGCUUUGAGGCUAAUCAAAGCAAUGGCUACACCUUAAAACAUAUUUUAUUUUCUUCAUUCUGUAUGGCUCGGUCUUAAACUACAUCUGUGCACAACAGAUUGUAGGCCAUAACUAGUUUCCAUGUGCAUGAAGACGAGCAGAAAAAAGAGGUUUUGCUUUUACGGCUGGCACAGGUGGUAACUUUCCACUGUGUAGAAAGCAGUUACUAAGAACCUGAUGUGAUGACUUUAUGUCCUUGACAGUGUGAGACAUUCAUACCUCUUUGGGUGUUUGCCAGUAAGUUCACCUUUUUUGGUGAUAAACCGUCAAGUUUGUUCAUAUGGUGAAAAAACCCAAAAUGUGUUAAGUUACUGUUGUUUAUAGCUACAGUGGUUGUUAUUUCAGAGUUGAUAGAGACAUUUUCUAAAUAAUGACCCAAUUGUGUCAUGAAACUAAGAGUAAUAACUGAAAUUUUAAAAAGAAAACAAAAUCACUCCCUGCCAUGCUCAAGUUGGUCUGAGUAUUUUAUAUUUAAUCCCAGUUUCAUCUAAACAAAGUAGCCUGUGUUCUUUGUAGCUCUUUGAUCCUAACUGUCUAAUCGUCACGUUUUUCAUGCCCACAAAUCUCUAUAAAAGAACAAAUGAGCCAAACCUGUUAAAAUGUUAAUGUAGCACCUACUCCCUGGAGUUGUGCCUCUUACUAGCAGGUGCUAGAGCCCUUCAUAUUGUCAGAUUUCUGCGGUCUUUAGUUCCAGACAGUAUAAAACAAUUUAAGUGUUUUAUGUUGUUACUUUGUGAAAGCUUUUUUUUCUGUCAAUCAAAAAGUAAAUAAACACAUCAGCAUAUUCUGGAAA